AUGUCUCUAAGAUCUGACAUCGUAAUCGAAGGCUCUGCCCAAUUUGUCAACAAAAGAUUGGGUGUAACGACAUCUGGAAUAACAGCAUUAUUAUAUCAUCGAACGAGCCAAUGGAUAAUAACAGGUGACCAACAGGGCAACGUUUGCGGAUGGAGUCUCAAUUUGGAUUGUACAAUGUCAUGUUCGAAUGGUCAUGAUUCUCAAAUAAAAUUGAUUAUUCGACAUCCAUCGAUAUGCGGAUUUCUAACUGUAUGCAACGAGGACAUUUUGCAAGUUUGGAGCUGCAAUCUUCGUGAAAAAAUGGAAUCGUUUAGUGAAAUUGGUGAAAUCAGUAGUAUCGCCAUAAACGAAUCUGCCACUUCGUUGGCCACUCUUGGAAGCAAAUUAAAUUGUUUUAUUAUGAAUCAACUAUACGUUUUCUACGCUCCAUUAACAGCAUCUGCCACGAAUUUAUCGUCUACGACAAACCCGACUUUUCCAACUCGUGUAAUCGCCACGAGCUGUGACAAUACCACCCGAAUUUUAUCCUCAGCUAAAGGUCGACAAAUAAAUGUCCAGAUACUCUCUCCUAAACUCGAUGUAAUUGCAGCAUCGUACAGUGGAAUCACAAACAGGAUGUACACGAUAAUAUUGAAAACCGGAGAGAUACUGGUGAGCAGCGUUAAGAGCAAACCCAUGAAAUUAAAACACGUUUGGGUGAGUGACGAACGUACAAUAACGCGCGUUAUCGUUUAUGAAUCUUUUGAAAAAAUAAUACCGAUCGAAGGCUCGGAAGAAAUAAAAAUAAAUCCAGUAUCGGCGUUAAUCAUAGCCGGAACAUCAAACGGAGAGCUCGUAGUUUUUGAGGAAACAAGUGGAAAACACAACACCAGGGUUGCGGCGCACGAUGGACAAAUCAUUGAUUUAUCCUCGUCAAGAAUAACGCGUCAACUCGUUUCCGUAGGUCAAGAUAGAUGCGUCAAAGUUUGGCGAAUUUUUCCUGAUUUAACGUCACCGCUAGUUCUUACGUGUACCGUUUACCACGUUAUUCCGAUCACACGAGCUGCCAUGAUACGAUUUACGAUCUGUUUGAUCAGCAGUACUGCGGUAACGAAAGAUCAUCGUGUCAUCAUGUACGAUAGCUCUGAAAGAACAAGAAUGGAUCAUCAUCGGUUGAAAGAACAUUCGGAUCUCAUUACCAGUAUUGCGACAUUAGAAAGUCUCGAAAUAUGUGCAACUUCCUCUUUGGACAAAACCAUCCGCAUCUGGAAUGAAGCAAACGAACUUAUCAAGAUUUUAUUCAUAAAUACAGCCUCCCAACACAUCGUUUUUUCCUCUCUCAGAGGUGACAUCGUUUUGAGUGCUGGAAAACAUCUGUACAGAAUUCCCUCUGAAAAUUAUCUAUCGCCGGAGCAUCGAAUUCGAAUAAAUGUUGAAAAAAUACCUGAGGAAUUGGAUGAUAUUGUGAUAUUGGAAGAUGUUGGUUACCGAGUUUACGAGGAUCAACUCGAUCGUGAAACACUUUUGCAUCCGGUCAGCAGUACUCCGUUCGGAUCUCUUGACACUGAAAAUUCUGAAGCUCUUAAAUUACAAAUUAUGAUGCUGGAACAAAUGACUUUGAAUUUGCGAUACAAAGAGGAAGACAUUCUGAAAAUCAAAGAAGGUGAGAUCAAAGGAACUCGACUAGUGGGAAAUAAAUCGAUAAUGAGCAGGGACGCUUGGGACAAACAUAUGGAUGAAUUAUUGGAAACGUCAAAACAAACGGAUAUGGAAGAAUCGCCGGAUACUGUUUUCCGAAGCGUCAAAAUUUAUCCCGGAAAACGAGUUUACAACCAGCCGGAAAUAUUCAGAAUGAUCCAUGGAUACAGUAUGCUGAGUUUGGACAUCCAUGUGGAAGAUUUACAGUCGAUGAUGAAGGCAGCAAAAUUGCCACGAUCUGGCUUCACACCGAAUUCUCUCAUUUAUAAAAUUGAAGAUUUACCUGAAGAAGAGGAAAUUGAAUUGGUUGUCGAAAAAGAAAAGUUCAAAUACCAGUAUCCUCCGGAGAUUUUGUACGGUGACUCGAAAGAAGAUUCUCACGAGAAUUACGAUAUUCGGUGGACUCUUUCUCAGAUAGCAGAACUCGAGGCAUUCGAAGAUAGGGAAAUAGACGAGUGAUGAUUUAAAAAAUUGUCGCAAUAAAUUAAUCCUUUCGUACGACGUGGAAGAAUUUAUUUGCGAAACAUUGUUCGAAAAUGCGGACAAUUAGAAAAAAGAAAAACAAAGAGUUGAUAUUUUUAUGGCAUAAAUUCGACAGAUGUCGUCUCAACCCUACUCUGCAUUUAUUUAUCUCAUUUGUUUUCUUUUUCUAGGAAUAUAAAUAUAUUCAAUAAAUAUAUAUUUCGGGACUGUGCCUAUGUAUAUAUGUAUAUAAGAGAGUCAGAGCUAGUAAGCUGACCCCGUAGAAUAUCGUACCGAAAAAACUCCAUCAUUUUGUACGUUCAAUCGUGCAAAAAAAAUUGAGCUUCAAUUAAUUUAACGCUUGAGAACCAAUAGAAUUUUUAUAAUUCAAUGUCCCGAGAUAAUUUUUGUCGUAUUCUCAAAAUACAUCUCAGACGUGGAUAAAAAAUGCCAUGAGCAAGAUAAACGAAGAAUAUUUCGAGAGCGUCCAUGUACCAACUACGUACGAAAAUAUAAAAGUUAAAAUGGUAUGGAUAUUAUUCGUAUGCAUAUAUAAUAUAUGUAUAUGUAUCGUUAAGAGUCCGUAACGGAAUUUAGAGUUGCGAUGGCGAAACCAAAGAAAAAUGUCAAGACGCUCGGAUAAUUGGCAACUGAAAUAUGUUAUUACAAUAUUUCGUUAAGAUUUUGGAAAUUUAUAUAAAAAUAAAAUUAUUGCGAACCGGGAGCAAGCAUAA